CAAAGUAAAGAGAAGCAAAAGUGUGAUGUCGCCACUGAAUGUUGAUGACGAUUGGUCAGUCUGGCAUUUCCCACAGUUCACAGAGAGCUGGACGUUCGUAAGGAACACACAGGAUGUUGAGGUUUAUUGGGAAUGCUGAAAUAGACCCAAAGGGAUUCUACAUACGCUCCGUCACUGAGUUUUGAGUUUGGAAGCUGGAAGCAGAGUUUAAUCAUGGUUCCUAAUACAAACAGAGAGGAAUAAAAGGUGAGGGAUGAGGGAUUUGCACAUGGCAUUUCUGCGAUUUCUUAUGCUUCUUCAUACUGAAAAUGUUACCAAUCAAGAAAAUUUAUGGAUUCUGUUAUCUGUCUAUUGUUGAAAUUGGGACUAAAUGCUUUCAAUUUCAUUCAGUUUAAUCAAAUAAACCGAGCCAGGAAGAAAACAAUUAAUUUUAAGUUUUUGUAAACUGGCAUGAAGAUUGUUACAUUCCUCAUUAGUAGCCAAUGAAAAGGAAGAGUUAGAAUUCCUCUGUGCUCUGCACAAUCUCAAGACUUAAACGGGAACAUAACAAAGGCUGUGUAGACGAUGGUGACUUGCCAGUGUGUAGCGCACACUCAAUCACUCACAGCUGGAUGUUUGGAUAACGGGAUUGUGCUUUGGUGUAUUCACAUUUGAGACGUGAACUGCCUCAGUUGAAAGUAUGAAUCAAAGGAGACCUGUUCUGGAAGAUAAAAAUCAAUCAAAGUAUCACACAAUUCAAAAGAGGAACAAAAGUAAAGACAAUCUACUGAUGAACGAAGAUUUUGGCGAGGACUCUUACGGCAGUUACGGACACUACCAUGGAGAGAACCUGGCCCGACAGGCGCUGCCCAAGAGCCGAAGGCAGGCGGUGCGAGGGGCAGCUUACAUGUUCAAUGCCCAUCCUAACAGUCUAACGCCUGUGGAGGAACGUUUCCUUGAUGCCGCCGAGUAUGGAAACAUACCUGUCGUCCGCAGGAUGCUUGAGGAGAUCCCUGAGCUGGAUGUUAACUGCGUGGACUACAUGGGCCAGAAUGCAUUGCAGUUGGCAGUGGCAAACGAACACUUGGAAGUAACAGAGCUCCUGUUAAAUAAAGACAACCUGUCGCGUAUUGGGGACGCACUAUUGUUGGCCAUCAGCAAAGGUUACACCAGGAUAGUCGAGGCCAUUUUGAGCCACAAGGCUUUCGCCGACUACAAGAGACUUACAGCGAGCCCCAGUCAGGCUCCGAUGCACGAUGACUUUUUUGCGUAUGACGAAGAUGGAACGCGCUUUUCUCAUGACGUCACUCCGAUCAUUCUAGCUUCUCACUGUCACGAAUAUGAGGUCGUACACAUUCUUCUGGGAAAGGGUGCUCGCAUUGAGCAGCCACAUGAUUACUUUUGUGCCUGCGACACCUGCAAUUACCAUCAAAAGUACGAUUCUUUUUGCCACUCCCGCUCGCGUAUCAAUGCCUACAGGGGAUUGGCCAGUCCUGCGUACCUCUCUCUGUCCAAUGAGGAUCCUGUGCUGGCGGCUCUGGAGCUCAGCAAUGAGCUCGCCUCCUUGGCCAAUAUUGAAAAGGAAUUUAAGAAUGAAUAUAGGAAACUGUCUAUGCAAUGCAAAGACUUUGUUGUGGGGCUUCUGGACCUGUGCCGGAGCACAGAGGAAGUGGAGGCCAUUCUGAACGGCGAAGAGGACGAGACUUUAGAACUGCCCAACCGACCAAGUCUCAUUCGCUUAAAACUCGCAAUAAAGUACGAACUGAAAAAGUUUGUGGCCCAUCCUAACUGUCAACAACAGCUCUUAUCAAUAUGGUACGAAAACCUGCCUGGACUCAGGCAGCAGACCACAGCCAUUAAGUUUCUAGUGGUUUUAGGUGUUGCAAUUGGACUCCCCUUUCUAGCUAUGACGUAUUGGGUGGCACCAUGCAGCAAGAUGGGAAAGAUCAUGCGUGGGCCUUUCCUUAAGUUUGUGGCACACGCGGCCUCCUUCACUAUUUUCCUUGGCCUUUUGGUCAUGAACGCUGCAGACCGCUUUGAUGGGACCAAGCUGCUUCCAAAUAUGACCAUUCAUGACUAUCCAACGCAGCUGUUUCGUAUGAAAACAACUCCGUUUACGUGGAUGGAAAUGCUCAUCAUUUCCUGGGUCAUAGGGAUGAUUUGGGCUGAGUGUAAGGAGAUCUGGUCUCAAGGUCCGAGAGAAUAUUUGCUUGAGCCUUGGAAUAUGCUUGAUUUCGGAAUGUUGGCCAUUUUUGUGGCAUCCUUCAUCUCAAGGAUAAUGGCUUUCUGGCAUGCAUGCGAAGCACAACGCUAUGUUGAUGAGCACUACACCGAUUUAACCAAUGUAACUUUGCCCCUUGAGGUGGGAUACUACCAGUUGGCUCGGAUCGACUGGCUCCCGUCUGAUCCUCAGUUAGUUUCAGAGGGCUUGUACGCCAUCGCAGUGGUCCUGAGCUUUUCUCGAAUUGCGUACAUCCUGCCAGCGAAUGAGAGCUUCGGACCACUGCAGAUAUCUUUGGGACGAACUGUGAAGGACAUCUUCAAGUUCAUGGUUAUCUUCAUCCUAGUCUUUCUGGCUUUCAUGAUUGGAAUGUUCAACCUCUACUCAUAUUAUCGGGGUGCUAAACAGAAUGAAGCUUUCACAACUGUAGAAGAAAGCUUCAAAACACUGUUUUGGGCAAUCUUUGGCCUUUCUGAGGUCAGAUCUGUAAUCGUGAACAAUGGACACAAGUUCAUCGAGAACAUUGGCUAUGUUCUCUAUGGAGUUUACAAUGUCACAGUGGUCAUCGUCCUACUCAACAUGCUCAUUGCCAUGAUCAACAGUUCCUUUCAGGAGAUUGAGGAUGAUGCAGAUGUGGAGUGGAAGUUUGCCCGGGCCAAGCUCUGGUUCACUUACUUUGAGGAGGGCAGGACUCUCCCUGUACCUUUUAACUUGGUUCCCAGUCCUAAGUCUGUUCUGGGUCUGGUGAUGGGGUCUAAGAGUCUCUUGAAGGAGAUUUUUGACAGACACAAAGCCAUUAUGAAGGGGUCUGAGCUCAGUGAGUUGGGAGAGAGCAAAGCUUGCAGGGAGAAGAAUCUUACAGGCUCCAGUCGAUAUCAGAAAAUUAUGAAGCGUCUCGUUAAGCGAUACAUCAUCAAAGCUCAAAAUGACAAGGAAUGUGAUGAAGUCAAUGAGGGUGAACUGAAGGAGAUUAAGCAGGACAUUUCAAGCCUUCGCUAUGAGCUGCUGGAGGAAAAGUCGAACAACAUGGAGGAGCUAGCGAAGCUAGUGAGGACAAUUGAAACAAAUCUCUCUCAGGACUGCUUGAUACUAAAGUCUAACUAAGGAAGUCAGACAGCAGUGUUUUUAUUUUUAUUUUACAGAAGCAUAUUUUCGACUAUUUAUUAAGCAAUUCAAUUUACGGCAUGUGGUUUCACAUGCUUCUCUACCUUGGCCUGCUGGUUUAACAGCUGAUCUUUCCGUGACUGUGAAGAACUGAUAUUCUGUGUUUUUGUUUUGGUGAUUACAUUACUGAACAAAGGUUUUUAGUAUGAUACAUAUGCACAAUUUACUGUUAAGAUAGACCAUAUAUAUAUAUAUAUAUAUAUAUAUAUAUAUAUAUAGUAUGAUACAUAUGCACAAUUUACUGUUAAGAUAGACCUUAAUAUAUAUAUAUAUAUAUAAAAGGUCUAUCUUAACAGUAAAUUGUGCAUAUAUUUUUAUAUAUACACACACACUUACCUAGGAAAGUACUGUAUAACUAUGGGUUCUGGGUUAGUACCUAGUUAUUAUAAUUAUUUUAAAUAAGUGCAUAGUAUGUACAUGGGGAACAGGACUGUAAAAUAAAGUGUUACCUAAUAUUCUGUUGCUGGAAAUUACCUCUAAUGACAAAUGUGAUCACAUUAUCAGAUAUAUUAACAUAAUUUUUCCUUAAUUACAUAGGCCUGGUUUUACAGACAGGGCUUAAAUUAAGCCAGCAUUAGGGUUUAGUUCAAUUAAGAAAUUUAAGAAGCUUUUAUAAACAUGCCUUAUGAGAAAAAAAUCAUUACUGGUGUGCAUCUUGACUCUUGAGACAAAACAAUCAUAUUUUAAGAAAUGUCAAUGCAAGUUGCUUUCAGUUAAAGCAGCUCAAACUUGCAUUUUAGUCCAAGAGUAGGCUUAAGACUUGUCUGUGAAAUCGGUGGUUAAAGUCCUGUUCAAACACAAAAUGUUUAAUGAUUUAUUAUGUUAUGAGAUAAACUAUAAUUGGACAACCCACUUUUUCAAUGUCAUAUUCCUUUUCUCCACAAUUUCUCCUUUUUGUGUAACAAGAACAUUUCUGUUCAGGUCACAGUUAAGUCUCAACUGAGCAUGAGAGGAACUCAUGAACAUUUACGACAUGUACAUUUCAAAAUAUCUACCACAUUAGUCAAUUGCUGUCCUUGCUGUUCAAAUGUUGUAACGUCAAUGGAAAUCUGAUUAUUGCAAUUCUGUUCUGGAAAUCACUUCGCUGGUCCUUGGACUUUCGAAUAUAUAUAUGGACAUUGUUGUUAAAGGUCCUUAAAAUGAUGAUUAUGUCAGAGAUAAGCACCUCAUAUCCAUCCAAAGCACAGGAAAAACCCACGUUUACAAGCAAAUGAUAUCACAGGGGAAGUUUACUUUAUAGUCAGAUAUUAUUUGUAAUAAUGUGUCAUACUGAUGUACUGUUCAGAGUUCAGUACAAAAGCAAAGUGAAGUAAUGUUUUCACAUUUCUAAAUGUGGAUGUUUUUUUGUCACUUUUCAUAUCCUCUCAACAGUGUAUAUAGAAUGCAAAACUGAGGAUAACUUUUAGAUGUAAACUGAGGUGGCAAAGACUGAUAGAUAGAUAGAUAGAUAGAUAGAUAGAUAGAUAGAUAGAUAGAUAGAUAGAUAGAUAGAUAGAUAGAUAGAUAGAUAGAUAGACAGACAUGAAUGCCAUUUUAUUAGUAAAAAAAUGCUUUAUAAGAAAAUCAUCACACAUUAAAUUACUUUGUAAAUGAUGUUAAUAAUUAGUUUUAUAAUCUGUAUAGCAAUUCCUUUUUCCAUUUCAACAUAUGGAAAUGGUAAACCAGUGUACAAUAAUAUACAGCAGAGCCAUUAGUUGGAAAAACUGCAUUUUUUUGUGAGCACAAACUAUAACAAAUUAUAACUUUAACAAUCUACAACGUUUAACACUGUCAGAGAAGUAUUUUGUCUUUUUUAUAUUGUAUUUCAUUAAACAAACUCCACUAUAUUAUACCUAACAAUAUAAGCUAAAAUUUUGAAAUAACUUUUGUUUUGUUACACUGUUUUACAACAUUGACAGUAUAUUAGUACAAUAAAAUAAGUAUAUAAGAAACAUUUUUUGGCUCUUAAAGUCAUUUCAUUCAUGUAUUUUGUUGAAAUUUGUGGAGGGGGGAAGGUUCUUUUAAAAAAAAAAAAAGACUAUUCAGAGGUACCGAUUU